AUGGCGGCGUCCGCGGCCGCGAAACGACUCGUCGUCUUCGGCGGCACCGGGUUCGUCGGCUCCGGCAUCGCGAAAGAGGCUGUCAAGCGCGGGUUCGACGUGACGUGCGUCACGCGCGGCGGCGCCGCGCCCGCGCACCUGCUCGGCGACGCCGAACGCGGGUGGGCGUCCGAGAUCGACUGGCGCCGAGGCGACGCGCUCCGCCCGGAGACGUACCGCGACGCCGUGCGCGGCGCGGACGCGGUCAUCACCGCGGUCGGGAGACUCCCGAUGCCGUCGCUGACGCGCGAGGAGAUCGUGCGCGACAACGGCGAGACGAACGUCGCGCCGGGACGCGUCGCGAUGGCGCUCGGCGUGCGCCGGCUCGUGGUGGUCGGCGCGAGCAUUCCGCCGUUCGUGCCGGGGAUGGCGUUCGGGUGGGGGUUUAAAGACGCGGCGUACAAAGUCGGGAAAGCGAACGCGGAGCGAUUCGCGCGGGAAGAGUUCGUCGGUUCCGGCGGCGACGGGGAUGGGGAUGGUGGGAAUAACGCACGCGGGGCGGUCGUUUUGAAGCCCGGCGGCGUCAGCGGCACGCGGUGGGUGGACGGCGUCGCGGUGCCGUUGUACGUCGCCAUGGCGCCGCUCGGGUUCGCGCUGUCGAAACUUCCAUCCGCGUUGGAUCCGCUCGCGUCGCUCGCGCCGGUGAGCGUCGAGUGCGUCGCGCGCGCGGCGGUGAGAGGCGCGACGGAGGACGCGUACGCGGGGAAGUUCACGGUCAUCGAGAACCUGGAGUUGAUUCGGGGGUUCGGCGGAGACUAG